CAAAAUACCAACUUUAAUGAAACUAAUUGAUGGUGAGGACAGACAUUCUUUGGGGGAGAGACGAAUUGGAGCAGAAUAUGAGUGAGGAUUUGGAAUCUGCGAGGAAAUACUUAGAGCAAAGAAGCGAAAACGCAUCACUGGCUGAUGGAUUACCUACCAGAUUCUGGGAACCCUUGAUCAUGAGCAGCAUCAAGGUCGAUCUAAUCGAGCCUGGCCGCGUCCUCUGCUCCAUGAAGAUACCCCAACGUUUAAUUAAUGCUGGUAAUUCCUUGCACGGCGGUGUGACUGCAACGUUAGUGGAUUUGGUUGGGACAGCUGCAAUUCGCAGUUCGGGAGCUCCGCGAUUAGGAGUUUCGGUGGAGAUCAAUGUUUCAUACUUGGAUGCUGCCUAUGCCGACGAGGAAAUUGAGAUCGAGGCCAGGACUCUUCGUAUUGGAAAAGCUGUUGGGGUUGUCAGCGUUGAGCUGAGGAAGAAGAAGACUGGCAAACUUUUUGCUCAGGGGCGUCAUACCAUGUAUCUUGCUGUUUCAAGCAAAAUGUGAAAUUCUGCACACAUGUUUAAGUGUUUAAACAUUUCCAUGGUUGCUCCCCGUGGGAUUUGUGAUUUGUCCCCUGAAUCUUCCUUCACAAAUACCAUGACCAUGACCAUGACCAAGAAAUACACUUGUAGUAUUCAGUUUUAAGUCCUCCUCAUAUAAUAUCAAAUUUGUACGCAUUUUACUUUA